AUGGAGACGUACGAGUCUGCCCGGAACCGGGUUGUCCAUGUCGGCGGCGUCAGGUUUUCCUAUCGAAGACUCGGCCGCCCUCACGGCCUCCCGCUCCUGCUGCUCAUGGGCUUCAGGGGAACCAUGGACCACUGGGAUCCGGCGUUGGUGAAUCCGCUGGCGGCGCGGCGACCCGUCAUCCUCGUGGACAACGCGGGUGUCGGCCGAUCCGGCGGAGAGGUCCCCGAGACGUUUGCGGGCUGGGUGCGGCACUACGUCGAUGUUCUCGAGGCCCUCGGCGUCAAGCGCGUCGACCUGAUGGGCUACUCCAUGGGCGGCUGCGUUGCCCAGCUGCUCGCCCUCGCCGCUCCGACGCUGGUUCGCCGCCUCGUCCUCUGCGGUACGACCCCAAGUGCCGGCGAGGGCGUCACGCGGGCACCAAUAGGACCCUUCAACCAGCUCAAGGACGCCGUGACGAACGAGGAACACCGGCAAGCCUUCCUCGACACCUUCUUUUCUCGCUCCGACCUCAGCCAAGCGGCCGGGAGGGCUGCAUGGGACAGGAUUGCCAACGCCCGCGCCGACCGGCUUCCGUACCUAGGUUCCGAAGGAGCUCGGACGCAAGCCGUCGCCUUUGCCAAGUUCAUGGAUCCGAACCAGGCCAGUGAGGCCUCCUUUGACCGCUUCCACGAGCUGCGUCUGCCGGUGCUGAUAGCGAAUGGGAGCCAUGAUUUGCUGCUACCGACGGAGAAUAGCAUCAUCAUGUGGAGAAACUUGCGGCAUGCGGAUGCGCAGCUGCAUCUUUAUCCGGACUCUGGUCACGGGUUCCUGUAUCAGUACGCCGACACCUUCUCGGCCCUCGUAAACGAGUUCCUGGACAGGCCGGCCGUUGGCGGCGACAGCGGCAGCAGACUCCGUCGUCAAAACGGUUACGUGAAGCAUGCGGAAGCAUCGAGACAUGCGCAGGUGACGAAGGUGGAGCCGUCAGAUGCAGGAAGCAGAGCCUCUGAGAGCAUGGCCGGCAAGGAAUGGCGAGGCAAGACAAGGCAUGGCACGGCAUGGCAGGACCAAGGCGUUUGGGGCCAGCCGCAUGAGCAGUGCUCCCUCGGAGGGCCAGAAGACGCUCGCAACCGGUCUUGCACCGGCGGCCCCGGCAGCGGGGCCCCAGCACCCAGCGGAGGAGGUGGCAACGAGUAG